AUGGAAGUUGUCGGCGGCAUAGCAGCCGUGCUCCAGCUGGUCCAGGCCGUUGGAAACACCGUCAUCUAUGUGAGCCAGGUCUACCAUGAUGUCCGCGACAUGGACGACACCUUACAGGACUUCGACAGCCAGCUCGACGCUACCCGCAUGAUGCUUUCGGUCCUGUCUGACGGUAUCCGACGCAGUGCCUUGGGCCAAAACACGCCACCUUGGUGGAACCAGAGUGCGUUGGAGGGCAUUCUCAACAGCUACGACCGAUCUUAUAGCCGGCUCGGUGCCAUUUUCGUCGAGAUUGGCCGCCAGAGGUCAUCUGCCACUGCUUUGAGGGCUUACAUCCGGAAGAGGCGGUAUGACGGCGACAUCAGUCAUCUCCGUCUUUCUAUCGACACAUACACCUCGGCCCUUCAGCUCCCGGUUCUCAUUCAGACGAUUCAAGGUUCCACCUUUGCUGUUCCCCAGCCUCCUACGGGAGACGCGGCCGCAUCGUUCGAUGAAUUGGGGCGAUCUGAAGACUCUCAGGCGGAACUGGAUGCUGUCAAGCAGAAGGAGAAGCUCGACAUGGAGAACGACACACGCGCGACGCUUGGCGUGCUGAAGGGUCUCAUGGGUCACGUUAAGGACUACGCUUCAAGUAUCGAGUCACCCUCGACGUCCUCUAGACUCACACAACCCUCGUCAAAGGCGAGGAGAGGCCAUCGGGACACCAUGAGAGCUAUAACUAGCCCUGACUCUCGCAACAACAUUUUUGCCAGCCCGGGCCUUGACUUUCAAGUUCGCCUUCCACCAACAAAACACCAAGAUGUAUCAGAUUGGGCAGGCAACGUUUAUCACGGAGAUAACCUUUCAUUCACCUCCGCGUCUUUGGAUUCAUCCUUGCCGUCAGUCGCGAACACUACGCAAUCAGCAUUGAGCACCAGCACCAGAGGGACCAGCCUUCUCGACGAGCUGCACGAGAGAAGGAUCCAAGCGGCUGAGAAGUUCAUGAAGGAAAAAAUGUUUGACAAGGCAAUCCCGCAUCUUGAACGUCUUCUCAGCUCAAGCUCCGACCCCGAGUUCGCCCAGGGUGCGAGCCGACCAGUCCGAUCAUUGGCAAAGGCUCUUGUUUAUUCCCAGAACGACGACAGCACAGUCGAGGGCUAUUGUCAAAGGUUCCCUUCGAUCAGGGCUUGGGUCGAUGAGUAUCGACUGGAACAUGGCCUAUACCUCUUAGGCCAGGGAAAUUAUGAUCAUGCCAUUGUUCUUUUGCAGUCGUACAAGACAGAUUCAGUUCUAUCAAGGGGCAGUGUUGUGUCUUCUGAGGGCUCUGGGAAUUCUUCGACCUGGAAUAUUGAGUCCCUUGAGCAUCCUAUAAAUGUUUACCAGGGCCACCAGUUGUCUCCAGCUCGGUUUGCUGGCUCCAAGACCCGUCAGAAGAUCCAAAUCGCCCUCUAUCGGGCACUAUUGCGGUCCUCGAAGAGCAUUGACAAAGACGAAGCCAUCCCCAUCCUUGAGCGGCUCCUGCAGUGGGAGUGCUUGGAUUCGGCCGACAAAGGGGACACCCUCUCGCUCUUGGCAGAAGCUUAUCGCUUCAAGGGCAACUUUGAGGAUGCGAAAUCCCACGGCAUACAAGCUUGCCAGAUCAAGAUGGACCUUCUCGGUCGCGAUCACGAGGACACCACGGCGUGCAUCACGCUCAUGGCCAACAUUUGUCUCGACAACAACGAUCCAGAUGAGGACUUGUGGAGGGGAAUGCUCUCUCAACACAGGCCUACUAACGGCGGUGUGUAUACAUCGCCACCAAGGUUUCCUGAAGUCCAAGAUCGUCUCAGUUCCUGCAUUCAAGAGAUGCAGCGACUAGCAACCAAGAGCCCCAAGCAGGCCGCCAGGUUUAGAGUCAACUAUCUGAAGGAGAACUAUUGCCCAAUUUUGAGCCAACGCAUGUCCGACUCAGAGCUUAUCGAGUGUAGAGACUGGACUCCAAGCCCGCAAGAAUGCCUCUCCGACUUGUUCUUUUUCGACGAGUCUCUUCUCUGCUGGGACUGUCUCAGCAAACACAUGGAAACGACCCACACGCUUGCUGGAAGAGCGGUCGGUGCCGCAUGCUUCACGCACAGGUUCGGACGUCCGAGUGGCUUCACUGGCCUAUCUCCUUUUCAUUUCUUUGCGAUGGCCGUCCCCAAACCUGGAAAAUAG